GAUGCACCAGAUGGCUUGUGGGAGAAAAUCAUACUCCUCCAAAAGGGAAAGAGGCACCACCCACAGCCAUGGGGCCAGGCCUGAGAGCGUGAAACUGUUGGGAGAGUUUGGAUGUCACCGCUGACACAGCUUCCAUUGCAUUGGACCACCUUCAACGGCACGCAUCUCUACUCUCCAGACGGCACCAAUUAAGGCAGCCUUGAGAGAAAGAGUUGUGACAGUAUCCAACGACACAGACGCAAGAAGGGAAAGGAGUACACUGGAGGAGGGGCCUCUGCUUGCUGCAAACGGGCAGAAGACUGCUUGUCUGGACUCAGUGUUGCCUGUCUGCGUGAGUAGACACGGCAGAAGAAGAGGAAAUGGUUGGCUGAAGUGUCAUGGAGGAUGUCACUACUACGUAGCACGUCCAGUAUGCAGUGUGGUCUUCCCAGCUGCGCAUCACCAGUGGUGCCAUGAUCCAGUUAUAACUGUGGGUAAUGCCGAGCCAAAUAACCAAUCCUGGAGAUGCCGAAGAGAAGAGAUAUUCUUGCCAUCGUUUUGAUCGUGUUACCCUGGACUCUGCUCAUCACUGUUUGGCACCAAAGUGCUAUAGCUCCGCUCCUCGCCAUCCGCAAGGCCUGUCACCACCUAGUAAAAGAGAUCUUUAUCAUUCCAGAGAGGCUUGCAGUCCGCCACCACCGGCUCUCAGAUGAUGGCGUUGAGGGCAGGAGGGAGGCAGGUGGCCAGGCGCAGGACUCCAAGGAAUACUGUGCCUCAGAUAAGGACAUUGUGGAGGUGGUGAGGACAGAGUACGUGUAUACACGGCCUCCACCAUGGUCCGACGUGCUGCCUACCAUCCACAUCAUCACCCCCACAUAUAGUCGACCUGUGCAGAAGGCAGAGCUUACAAGGCUGGCAAACACCUUCCUCCAUGUUCCAAACCUGCACUGGAUCCUGGUGGAGGACUCCCAAAGGAGAACGCCUCUUGUGACGCGGCUCCUCCGAGAAACAGGGCUUAACUACACCCACCUCAAUGUAGAGACGCCCAGGAACUAUAAGCUGAGGGGUGACACUCGGGACCCCAGAAUCCCCAGGGGGACCAUGCAGAGGAAUCUGGCCCUGCGGUGGCUAAGGGAGACCUUCAACGCCAACAGCAGCCAAGCUGGAAUAGUCUACUUUGCGGACGACGACAACACAUAUAGCCUGGAGCUGUUUGAGGAGAUGAGAUCAACUCGAAGAGUUUCAGUGUGGCCUGUGGCCUUUGUGGGCGGCUUACGGUAUGAGUCCCCCAAAGUCAAUGCAGCUGGAAAGGUCUAUGGCUGGAAGACUGUGUUCGACCCUCAUCGGCCCUUUGCUAUCGACAUGGCUGGCUUUGCCAUCAACCUGAGGCUCAUCCUCUUCAAGCCACAGGCGUAUUUUAAGCUUCGAGGGGUGAAGGGAGGAUACCAGGAGAGUAGUUUGCUCCGGGAACUUGUCACACUCAAUGACCUGGAGCCUAAAGCAGCCAAUUGCACUAAGAUACUUGUUUGGCACACGAGAACGGAGAAACCUGUCCUUGUAAACGAGGGGAAAAAAGGCUUCACAGACCCCAAUGUGGAGAUUUGACCAUUUCCCCCCAGACUACGGUGGUUGGCCUUGGACCUGUGCAGGAAGAAAACGGCUCUUGAUAAGUGCAACCAGCGCUCAUGUCUUAAUAAUCAGGAAAAAAGGAAAUGGGGGCCUUUUUGAAGGGGGAUUUAAUCCUCUUGACUGAAUCUGACAUUUUUAAAAUAUGGAUUGAAGCAGUACAAAUGUAUCAUAUUAAAGCACAGAUUAGUAAGAGGCGGCAGUUAUUUGGCAGGUCUACGACUGAAGUGCAGAGGAGACGACAUAAAGGACAUCUCACGGGGUCAGUGACCUGCACCUUCAAGGUACAACGGCCUGCUGAGGACAACCUAACAAAAGAGACAGCACAAUAUGAAAAGCAUACAGCCAGCGGAUUCAACCAAACAAGCAGAUUAAAUAAUAUCCUUCACCUCAAAAAAGAAGGGACUAAGGGGGGAAAAGAACACACAUUGUCUGGAUCUGCACAUGGUAAAAGAAAUUCCUCUUGGAUUUAAGGACACGACCUGCAUCAUCAGCCUGAAUAAAAACACGACUCCAAGGA